CUCCCACAAAAAACGUGACUGUGACUUUAAAUCAGAGGCAAAUCCUCAUUAGUGCUACCUCUUGGUCCAGCAAUCAACUGAUCUAAUGACAGCUGUGUGAAUAGACAGGCAACACGCGCAAUCUCUUGUUUUACAGCAAGCGCACUAGGUGGUUCGAACAUGCCAUCCCCAAUUCCCCUGACACGCUUGUUGCCUAAAGACCUUUAUCCAUCUCUAGAUUUUGGAGCUUGCAGCAGUCCACUGGCAAAGUAUUCCAACGAUUCCACCCUACGAAUUCCAACUCAACGGUUCCAUGGGAAGGUCGCAACCAGGCUAUGGUCAUCCACCAUUGAUUGGAAGGAACUGCAAUCCAUGCAGCCCAUCGGAUCUGGGGGGUUUGGGUCCGUUUACAGAAGUGUGUACUUUGGGGAGACUGUCGCUGUCAAAAAAGUGAAGAAAUGCGUCAAGAAUAAACUCGCCUCCAGGCAAAGUUUUUGGGCUGAGCUAAAUGCAGCUCACUUACGCCAUAAGAACAUUGUGCGAAUUAUAGCAGCUACCACGUGUAUACCGGAGAAUUUAGAAAACGGGGACAACAUUGGCACAAUAGUGAUGGAAUACGCAGGUGAACGAACUCUCCACCAGGUCAUCUACGGUUGCGCAGAGACGCUCGAAGUGGACAGGUGGAUUACGUUUUCCAAAAACAUUGCGCAUGGUCUUCAGUUCUUGCAUUCUCAUGGUAUUGUUCAUUUGGAUAUCAAACCUGCGAAUGUAUUGGUUUCGAGGGAGGAUGUGUGUAAGAUUGUUGACUUUGGCUGUUCACUGAAAUUGGAGCUCGGGGGGGAUCGGCCCAGCCCCCAAAUGAGUCUUGGCGGGGGCACUUACACCCACCGAGCGCCUGAGCUGUUGAAGGGGGGAGACGUGUCUCCAAAAUCCGACAUCUACUCCCUUGGCAUCACUAUUUGGCAAAUGAUCACCAGAGAGCAGCCCUAUACAGGCGACAGGCAAUAUGUUUUAUACGCAGUAGUUGCAUACGAUUUACGCCCCUCGGUCACUGAUGAGUCCUUCAAGUCACACCAUGGGGACCUUUGCCGAUCCAUUGUGUCCAAGUGCUGGAGCGGUGAGCCAAGCUGGAGACCAAGCGCUCAAGAUGUCAUCACAGAUCUGGACAAGAUUCGGUCCGAACAUUAACCUUUUUAUUUGUAAUUUUCAAGCCAGCCUAUUCAUGGUAUGAUCCGUCAGUUGUGUCCAUAAAUUUUUACACAUUUUUAAAUUUACGCACAGCUUUUACGCACAGCCAGUUAUAGACUCCCAUGUUGUCUUCCUGAAUUUAAGUAAAUUGUGAAAGGCAAGCCCCAAUGGGACACCACAGAUUAGUUUGAUGCUGCCAUUCUUCUGCCAAUUCUGCUUAAGUGUAUUUAUAACACAUGCUACCUAAUCUACUCAUUUUUUAAACGCAGAACCUCUUGAACGAUUUACAUUUCUGAUACUGAAGUUGGUUUUGCUCUGUGGACUAGAUUGUUUUACUUGUUUACUUGAUUUAUAAGGAUUUAAUAAUGUUUCAAUGUCAAAUAAAUGUUAAUGUCAGCAGCAGUCUGUGCAUGUAACACACUUGAAAUGUAUGUAAAGUUUAGAUAUUUGAGAUUUCAUUAAACGUCCUUGAUUCAUACUGGAAUGGUGUUUCUAGUAUUGUAAUAGCAUUAGAGUGGGAUGACUUCUACAGCAUCAACAGAAACAGCUUAACUAACCUGUUUUGCUCAUGUUGAAAUCAUUUGUUUGGUAAUUGUGUGUUUAGGC